UAUAACCUUCAUGUGCCAAACACUAAUCUCAGUAAAUAUGAGCAAGACGUUUACUGUGCUGUAAUUAAGCUAUGCAGAAAUCUUCCUCCCAUUAUAAAAUAGUCAGGAUUGCAAUAUAAAGAAGUUUAAGCAAGCAAGCACUAACAGAUUCUCCUAUCUCACUAUUACUGUAUUGAAUAAUUUAACAAAAAUUCUCAGCUAUUAUAUAACAUACAAACUUCUGUGGGAAGUUUUAGCUCUCUACAAUGUAGUUAAGAAUGUUUAAUCUUGCUGAUAUGUGUGUAAAAUCAUAAGGGUUAAAAUAUAAAAAUACUGUUAUUUGUUUUGUUUUAUGUGAAUGUGUCUUUGACUCUCACCCUAUGGGAAGAAAUUGGAAUCAUAGUGUUGACUUGGUUUUUUAGGUUAUGAUGCUGUGGAGUGGUACAGGUUACUUGCAACCCACUUUAAUACAGAAGCCACGAAACAUGAUGUGUGACAAACUAGUGUCAAACUCUCACAAAAAAGAGCAGUCUCUUCUAACAAGAAUACCGAAAAUUAUACUGCAGAGAUGUGAAACAAUUCCAUCUCUGAAGGAGUACUUGAAUGUUGACACAAUCAAAACAGAAGAUGAUGUGGAUGUUCUUGGUGAAGAUGAUUCCACUGGCUUGAUACCUGAUGAGAUUUACGUGCCAUCAUCAUGUUCCACACUGAAGACUGAAUCCAAGAAUGUUGAUAUCAUCUCAGCAGAAAAUGAUGAGGAUGUUUUGAAUGAAGAACAUUUCACUGGCCUGCAAACUGAUAAGGUUUACAUACCAUCAGCAUUUUCCAUAAUGAAGGCUGAACCCAGGAACGGCAACAAGUUUGAAGUUUUAUCAGAUUCGUUCAGUGAAACAUGUCUGAUUUCUCCUCAUGAUGGAAGUCAGCUCAUCAAAGUAAAAGAUGAAUGUGUGACAGAAAUAAAAGUGGAAGAGGAACCUGUGGAAAUAACGCGUCCAAUAAUAAAGGCUGAAAAUGAGAGUCCAGUGAAUGAACAUCAACUUAUGCAGGGUGAGGAUCAUCGACAUUCCUGUGAUAUCUACAAUAAAGCACUCAGACAGAAUACUGUAAAGAACUAUCAAAGUAUACAUACAGGAGAAUGUCAAUAUGCCUGUGAUGUGUGUAAUGAAUCAUUUAGUAGAGAGGACAGUCUCAAGACACAUCAACGCACACACAGUGGUGAGCGUCCUUAUACCUGUGAUGUUUGUAAUAAAUCGUUUCGUACAAGGCAGACAUUGAAGAAGCAUCAAAGCAUACAUACAGGAGAUCGUCGAUACGCCUGUGAUGUUUGUAAUAAAUCAUUUAAUCAGAAGCGUUAUCUCAAGGCACAUUGGUCCAUACAUAGUGGCGAGUGCCCUUAUACCUGUGAUGUUUGUAAUAAAUCGUUUAGUACAAGGCAGACAUUGAAGAGGCAUCAAAGCAUACAUACAGGAGAUCGUCGAUAUGCCUGUGAUGUUUGUAAUAAAUCAUUUAAUCAGAAGCGUUAUCUCAAGGCACAUUGGUCCAUACAUAGUGGCGAGUGCCCUUAUACCUGUGAUGUUUGUAAUAAAUCGUUUAGUAGAGAGGACAGACUCAAGGAACAUCAACGCACACAUAGUGGCGAGCAUCCUUAUACCUGUGAUGUUUGUAAUAAAUCGUUUAGUAGAGAGGACAGACUCAAGGAACAUCAACGCACACAUAGUGGCGAGCAUCCUUAUACCUGUGAUGUUUGUAAUAAAUCGUUUAGUAGAGAGGACAGACUCAAGGAACAUCAACGCACACAUAGUGGCGAGCAUCCUUAUACCUGUGAUGUUUGUAAUAAAUCGUUUAGUAGAGAGGACAGACUCAAGGAACAUCAACGCACACAUAGUGGCGAGCAUCCUUAUACCUGUGAUGUUUGUAAUAAAUCGUUUAGUAGAGAGGACAGACUCAAGGAACAUCAACGCACACAUAGUGGCGAGCAUCCUUAUACCUGUGAUGUUUGUAAUAAAUCGUUCAGUACAAGGCAGACAUUGAAGAAGCAUCAAAGCAUACAUACAGGAGAUCGUCGAUACGCCUGUGAUGUGUGUAAUAAAUCAUUUAAUCAGAAGUGUAAUCUCAAGGCACAUCGGUCCAUACAUAGUGGUGAGUGUCCAUACGCUUGUGCUGUGUGUAAUAAAUCAUUCAGUAGAAAGGACAAACUCAAGGUACAUCAACGCACACAUAGUGGCAAGCGCCCUUAUACCUGUGAUGUUUGUAAUAAAUCGUUUAGUAGAGAGGACAGACUCAAAGAACAUCAACGCACACACAGUGGCGAGCGUCCUUAUACCUGUGAUGUUUGUAAUAAAUCGUUUAGUAGAGAGGACAGACUCAAAGAACAUCAACGCACACACAGUGGCGAGCGUCCUUAUACCUGUGAUGUUUGUAAUAAAUCGUUUCGUACAAGGCAGACAUUGAAGAAGCAUCAAAGCAUACAUACAGGAGAACGUCGAUAUUCCUGUCCUGUGUGCAAUAAAUCAUUUAGUCGGAAGAGACAUCUGUCCACACAUAGUGGUGAGCGUCCAUGUGACUGCGAUGUGUGUAAUAAAUGAUUCAGUCGGAGGAGUAAUCUGAAGAGACAUCGCAUUCAUAGUGGCGAAUGGCCAUAUUUGUGUGAUGUUUGCGGUAACUCAUUCAACACAAAGGGGGACUUUAAGAAACAUAUACAGGUGCACAGUAUAUAGCGUCCAUAUUCAUCUCAUGUGUGUAAUAAAUCAUUCAUUCAGAGAGGUCGUCUGAAGACACAUCAAAGCUUAUUUCAUGGACAGGAUCCACAUUUGUGAUGUGUGGAUUCACUAAGUCGAGUGAUCUCAUCAUCACUGAUCAUGUAAUGUAUUGUUAUGCCCUCUCUGUAGGACUGAUAGGAUGGGCGCCACUGGGUGGCAGAGUGGUACUUUUGACCCUACAAUAAAACACCUUUUGCUACGCUACUAAUAUAA